AUGCAAACAGCAGACAACGCUUUAUUUCUUCUUUCCUCCGUGUGAUAACUUGUGUAGUGCCAUUUUCCUGUCCUGUUUCUUUUCUCUCUUUUUUUCCGUAUCUUCUUUUUAAGAUUGUUCUUUUCCUGUAAGUUCUUAGAAUUCAUUUCACAUCCUUUUUAUACAGUUAUUUUCAUUCCAAUUUGUUAUAAACUUGAAUUAUAUUGUAUUUCAAAAGCAAUCAAAUCUGUGUUAUCUUAUCUCUGAUAAGUUUUACAAAAAUUUCGUGUGAUACUGCGUUGUGCUUCAAAGAAUAAAUUAAAUAAAUUUUUGAUCAGGUAAGUAAUAGUAAUUUAAAAAAAUUUUUAUGAUCUCCCCAGUUUAUUUCUGCAUUAAGAGACAAAAGAUAAUUACAAUUUUUGUAAUUAUAUUUUAUUGUAUAUUUUAUUGUAUACUAUUGCGGAUUGCUAUAAAUUAUUCUUAAAAUAUACUAAAUUACUUUUUUCAAUAAAAUUUACUUUUGAAAACUAUUGCGAAGUAUUUUUUCCCCAUUCUUUUUGAGUUGCAGAAUAAUACAUUGUAGUUACAUUUAGUGACAUCUUUGAAGAAUUAUGACAAUUAAAAUGACAGGUCAUUGCUACUUCGUAAGCUUUAUAGUUUUAUAAUAUGACAAUUUUUCUUGUGACUGAUAAUCCAGUAACUAAAAUACAUUGAUAAGCAUUUCUUUUUUUCUUCUUUUUUUUCUUUUUUUUCUGAAUGAAGAUAAUCUCGUAUAUUUUGACGCAAAAGAAUUUUUAAGACAUGUCUCGAGAAGAUCAACAAAUUUUAAAACAAUUUUACAAUUGUUGCAUUUUACGCGAUGGAAUGAUCUUAAACGAAGAUUUGUGGGUUCGCGAUGGGAAGAUUGUUGAUCCAGAAAAAAUUUUCUACGAUGAAAGAAUCAAACCACAUGUAAGAAUCAAUUGCAACGGAGCACUAAUUUCUCCUGGAUAUAUAGAUCUUCAAAUUAAUGGAAUUAAUAAAGUAGCCAAAAGAUUGCUAGAAUUUGGUGUAACAUCAUUUUGUCCAACUCUGGUCACGUCUCCCAGUGAAACAUAUCAUAAAAUAUUACCAAAUAUUAAGAAGACAAAAGGUGGAAAACACGGUGCAACUAUAUUAGGAGUUCAUUUAGAAGGACCUUUUAUUAGCCCAAGGUUUCAAGUCAUUAACUGACAUGUAUGGAAGUCUAGAAAACGUGUGUCUUGUAACAUUGGCGCCCGAACUUCCUAAUGCUCAAUCCGUGAUUACAGAAUUGUGUAAGAGAAAUAUUACAGUUUCUCUUGUUUCACCAUAGAGAUCCAGGAUUAGUUGGUCUUUUGACAUCUGAUCAAGUUUAUCCUGGAAAAACUAUCCAUUAUGGCAUAAUUGCAGAUGGAAUUCAUACCCACCCAGCAGCAUUGCGUAUAGCUCAUAGGACUCACCCUAAAGGCCUUGUUUUAGUUACUGAUGCACUGUCAGCGCUAGGAUUACAAGAAGGUGUAUAUCAAUUAGGACAGCUUAAAAUUGAAAUGCGCUCGGGACGUGCAUAUAUUGCUGGAACAAAUACAUUGUGUGGCAGUACAGCAGAAAUGUCGAAGUGUGUCCGUCAUUUCAAAGAAGUAACAGGAUGUUCUAUAGUAGAAGCUUUAGAAGCUGCGACUCUCCAUCCAGCAACUACUCUAGGUAUUGAAAAAACUAAAGGAGUCUUAAAUUAUGGAGCAGAUGCUGAUAUAGUAAUGUUAAAUAAAGAUUUAGAACUAUUGUCAACAUGGAUAUCGGGAGAAUGUGUACACUGCAAUUGCAAAUACAAUGAAUAUUGUCAGUAAAGUAUAGUACUAUAAUGGAUAGUGGAAUCAAUUUCAUUAACAAAAUAAUCAGGGAAAAGUGUGGUUUAUCCAUAAAGCUAUAUUAAUUUUACAAACGUACUUUAUAUGCCUUAAAUAUUAAAUUUUUCUUAUAUAAUGAGUGAUGGCUGUGAAUAUCAUUCCAGCUAUAAUUUUAUUGUAAGAUAUGUAUGUAUAUAUUUUGUAUACAAGUAUUUUUAUGAACGUAUAUUUUGAUAUAUAUAAAAACAAAAAUUAAUUUUUAUUUACUUUAUUCAAAUAAUAGUGAAAUAUUCAUGAAAUAUGCAUGAAAAUAUGAAAUAUUACAAGGGAAAAUUGUAAUUAUUGUCUUUAAAUUAAUAACAAGAAGACUAGUUAUUUCUAAUAGUUAGCACAAUACAAAUAAGAUGUAUAUGUAUUUCAUUUCAUUAAAAAAUACAACUCAAAUAUAAGAUAUUUUAAUGUCAAACAGAAUAUAUAAGAAAUAAAUUGUUAUUUCUAACUCGUGUUUUAUAUUAGUUAUUAUAAAUUUUUUAAAUCGUUUUUUAAAAUUAAAUUGUACUGCAUUAAAAAAUAGCUUUAAUUUGUAGAAUAUUUAUUUUGUUUAUUAUAAAUUUUUAGAAUUAAAUAUAGCAGACGUGAAAAAAGAAAUUAAAAGGAGAAAUUGUUAUCAUUUUAUUUGAUAUUAAUUUUAUGUGAAAAAUCUCAUCUAAUUAAUAUUAUCAUUAUUCAUAUAUAUGCCAUUAUCACAAUUUGUAUAUAUAAAUAUGUUAAAUACGAUUAGUAGCACCAAUAUUUUAAUUAGAUAUUAAACAAUAUUUUGCAGUCAUUGUAGCAAAGCGUUGACUUUCUUAACUUAAUUAAAAGAUUAUUAAUUUUGUUUUUUAAUUUAAAAAUUAGUGUUUCACAAUCGCAUGUGAUUUACUCUUACAAGGUAAAACGACGACGAAAGCGGAGUCACGUAAGGCUCUUAUGUUAAUAAACGACGUCCUUCAGGUUGCAUAUGUAUGGAGAGUGUCUAAUGCCAAAUGAAUGUGCUGGAGGAAUGUCAAGAACUACCUGUAAAAGGUAGUUUUGCCACUGUACAGAUGUUCCAUAAAAAGCUAAUAAAAAGAUUAAUAUCUAUUUCAGCGGAGAACGUUUCUUGAAAUCCAAUUAGGAUUUCAUAAAAGUACCAAUGUAAGAAUAUCGGUAUUCUUAAGUUUCCAGCUGUAUAGAAAUCGCCGAAAUUGCCGAAAUUGCGUUCCAUUUAUUCUGUAUUUUUUGUCGAAUGAAUUAUCCAAAUUACAAGUUGCAAGUAAAUAGAAAUAUUUUCUUUCCUUCGCUUAUUUUGAUUUUUUUUUUUUUUUUU